AUGUGGGCAGAGGACCAGAGGACAAAGGCGGAGAGGACGAGGGCUUCGAUGAUGGCGAAGGACGUGAAACCACUGCUUCUACUCUGGAGCAGGGCGCUUAGAAGGCAGUUGAGGAGGAGGGAGACCGCCAAGGAGGCCAAGGAGGCGAUCGUCGCGUACGUGAAGGAGGCGGCGAAGGAGAUGGGAGCUGGUACUGCUGAAGUAAGAAAUGGAGGAAAUGGGGUAUUCACUGAAGGUUGUUGCUUGUCAAGUGGAGCCAAUCAACAACGGCAGUCGAUGUCGGUCAUCCAAGAGAACACAUUGGAACCAGGAAACGAGAACAAUCACAACAUGGCUGAGGUCCCCCAUUCUGAUAUAGUAACAGAAGCUGCUGGACUACCAAGCAUUGAGACUGGACAUCAAUUAUCUGAUGGAGGUGGGUGCUCUCUGAGUGGAUUCGGUGAAGAUCAUCCAAGAGAAGAACCGAACAGCACAGAACCAUGUCCUUGUUCUAACGUAUUACCAGCAGCUGCCGAAGUGCAGACAAUUGAGACUGCAAAUGGUUCCAACCUACAAAGGGUUGAAACAUGUGAGAAUGUGGUGGAUAGGGAACAAUCACCAUCGCUUGACAAUGGUGGAGAAGUUGCUCCUACAAGGGAUGUUAAUUCUGGUGGUAGUGAGCAUAACAUAAAUCAUGAUACUGUGAUGGAGCCUGCAAUAGCUGAUCAACAUCCAAGAGAAUCGAAGCACAACAAAGAGAACCAAAAUGUGUCAGCAAAGUUAAGGGCCUCUCUUUCUGACAAGGGGAAGAGAGCUAUAAAUGCAGAGGACACAAACAAUUUAGCUGUCAAUACAGAGCGCAAGGGCAAAACUGGGAAGAAGAGAGUCAGUCAUGCUGUGGGUGCACCGAGCAUUAUGGAUCGAAACCCGACUGCUCGGACAUAUGAGUGGGAUGAUUCCAUGGACACCACACCCGGGAAAUCUCCUAACCCAGUGGCGAGGCGCCAGUCACCUCGUGUGAAAAGAAAGUCAAGUCCUGGGACAAAUGUACCAUGGACUAGAAAUUUUUCUGGACGAAGGAAGAAGAAAUGGUGGACCGAAGAGGAAGAGCACACAUUGCGAAAGGGCGUUAAAAAGUAUGGUGUAGGAAAAUGGGCGCUGAUAAAGGAAUCUUAUCCUGAUAUAUUGGAGGAGAGAUCAUCGGGCGAUUUGAAGGACAAAUGGAGAAAUAUAACAAGAAAAAAAUAGCUUUGUUGUAAUUUUUGUGUCAUGCUGGAUCCUUGAGUUUGUCCUCCAGUACCUGCCCCCAGUUACCUCCUUGGAUCACCUUUUGGCUUUUACCCUCAUACCUGCUUCAAAAAAACCCUUUACUUUUUCUGUGUGGGACCCCAUCCCCAACCUUUGGAACCAUCAACUGUUUUGGACACCCUCAGGUUAAGGAGAUGGCGAAAGGGCAGCAGCGAAGCAGGCAAUGAAUUUUUGUGGCAACCGGUUUAUCUUCCGGAUUUGGACAUUCCAAUCCGGAGGAUAUAUUACCAAAAAUUUGUUUUGGGAGAGGAUCAAAGGGGAGGAGGGGGGCAAAUUUUGCCAUUUUGGGCACCUGAAGCGUGCGUAUUGGCUCAUGCAGCCGGCAGUGCAAUAUCUGAAUGCCUUUUUGAGAUGAUGGGGAGGGUCAUGGGAAAUGCAUGGGAGCCGAAGUUGGAUUAUGAGAUUAGGUGUUUUUGAGCUCAGCUGUGAAGAGGAGUGGGAGUGUUGAUGAAAUGAAGUCCUCAUCUAGAAAGCUUUUUAUGAGCUUUCUGAAGUAAAGUUAACUAGGGCCAUGCCCACUGGUUAAAAAUAUUUACUUGCUGUUUUUGUGGAGUACAUUUGUGGGUUUUGGACUUUCGGUUUAAGGUGUUACGAUAUGAUGGUAUAUAAUCAAAUGUUGUGGCCUAGUAAAGCUCUACCGGUUUCACAUUUUUCUGUCA